CGGAAAAGGAAAAACUAUACUAAUCCAGGCAAGGUCAUAUAAGGAUAUCUCGGAACCGGAAUUACAAGAACCAAAUACCCAUAGCGAUAUCUUUGGAAUAUCUUCAAAACAUCUUUAAAAGCACAGAACCUUACCAAUAAACUUAGGACAACAUUGCACAUCUACCACAGUCCCCAUACCUCAACAAAAAGCACCCAGAACGACAGAUUGCAAAGUAAGUCUUCUACUUCUCAAGGAAAGAGAAUCACAAGCUAACCAAGAAACAUAGCCACACACCCACAAAAUGAAAUUCAACCUCAGCCUCGUCACCAUGGCCCUCGCCAUGACCAUCUCUGCCGGACCAUCCCAACCUAUCGACUUUGAAGCGAGCCAGAUUGUUGCUCGCGAGAAAGCUGCGUAUACAUAUGCUCCAAACGGAAAACGGGAGAAAGCAGCAUAUGCGUAUGCACCAAAUGAGAAGAGAGAGAAAGCCGCGUAUGCUUAUGCUCCUAAUGAGAAACGUAAGAAGGCUGCCUAUGCGUAC